UGAUGCUUGGGAUUUCUUAUGGGGAGCUGUUUCUCAUAAUUGGAGCUACUGCUACUCUAAUUGGCCCAAAGGAUCUGCCAAUAAUUGCAAGAACCGCGGGGAGGUUGGCUGGAAGGGCAAUUGGAUAUGUCCAAGUGGCCCGUGGCCAAUUCGAUAGUGUUAUGCAGCAAUCUAAGGCUCAUCGGGUGCAUAAAGAACUACAAGACACUAUUUCCCAACUUGAAGCUAUUCGUCAUGAGAUUCGAACUAUAUCUUUUGUGAAUCCUGGUCCA